AGCGGAGUCCGGACCCGAAGCUGAAUUAGCGUCUCCCAAAUGGGAGAUUAUCGUGGGUUCAUCACAGCCGACAUUCUAUUGCGGAUCCUUUGGAUUCUAACAUUCUUCAGUUUUUCUCAUAAAAUCGCCGGAAUCCGGAAGGACGCAGGCUUUCUUCAAAAACUUGCAUGUAGAAAUACUGUACAUGGACGUUAUUUACUGGCGGAUGAUAACGGUUAUGUUUGUUCUUCGCUCUCUGUUUACCCGUGGACUAGUUGCUGUCCAGAAACUGGAGAAAGGUUUUCCUGCCAGGGUUGUAACCUCAUCUCCAAGUGUUGUAAUUCAUAUCAAUAUUGUGUCUCAUGCUGCUUAAAUCCAUCCAUGACACAAGAAGAUGCUGUGCUAAAAUUGAAGAUAGCCAAACCAGUAACUGCUGGUACUUACUCCGGUGCUUUUGAUUUCUGUGUUGGAAGAUGUCGUCAUAACUCUGCAAGUGUGGUUCAUGAAAAUGCCUAUGCUAGUGAUUUCCAUCACUGCUAUUCCCUGCAAACAAAUUUUUCUGGUGUGACAGAACCCAAUUUUGAGAGAAGGCUGGCAGGCAUCGAUAUUGUAAUUGGAAAACAAGGAGAAUCUUGUAACUCUUCCUGCAUGUCAAAAGGGAAAUCUUGUGUUUCAAAUAAGCUUUCGGUUAUAAACAGAUGUGAACUGCUGGAGAAAUAUAUGAGAUGCAAGGGCUCGUGUUUCGCUAGCAUGGGGGCUGAUCAACCUGCCGAAGUAGUGGACAAUGCCCCCAAGGAUAUGUAUCCCGGAGCAUGUUUAUACUCUCAAGCAGAUUCUAUGCUUUCAUGUGAUGGUUCUCAUAAGCAAACCAGGCGACUUUGCCCCUGUGCUUGACAAGCUUUAGAAUCGUUGCAGUAAAAUCAGAUUUUUCUCCACCGGUGCGGGGAACACUGCACAACAUCUGAAUAAAUUUUGAUACAGCAUCCAAAAGAGAGUCAUUUUGGGAUCACCGGCACCAGUAAUGCUGCAACGGUUGAAAAACCUUUUCUAUGAAAAUUUAUUAUAAUGAGAAAAGACAAGUUUUCUUCAUUGUGAAUUCUUGUGUUUGCCGAAAACGUGCCAUGAAUUGUGAUUAUGUAGAAC